AUGGCAGUGACUUCCUUCUUACAGCAGUUGGACAAGGGCCCGGCGAUUGUUGCAGUGGCAACGGUUACUCUCCUCGUUCUAACAUCGAUUGUGAUCUAUGGAUGCUACUUACAUCCACUUGCUCACAUUCCGGGUCCUUUUCUGGCCAAGUUUUCUCCAAUAUGGGGGCCUGCCGUACGAGUUGCACCAAACGAAGUGUCCUUUGCGACGUUUGAAGCAGAAACAGCGAUAUAUGCAAAGCAAGAGGAUGGUCGUUUCUCCAAGGCUGGAACGUUCUUGACGCUGUUCUCAGAUCUCGUCUUGAACGCCCCCACACUCAUCACAAUUCCGGAGCCAGCGCUCCACAAGAAAUUGCACAAGGUGAUCCAACAGGCCUUCACCCCCCAAGCCCUCGCAAGCCAAGAGCCGAUCCAGAAACUGCACAUUGAACAGGCGUUUCCUGAUUUCGAUGAGACUGCUGCAAAGGGCAUCGAGAUAGAUCUAGCCGACAGAUUGGAGACCAUGUUUUGGGAGAUCAUUGGCGACCUUGCUUUUGGUGAGCCACUGAUGGCGGGAAAACGACCAACUUACGAACAUCUGAAACAGCUAGGUAAAGGAUCAAUGCCCAUGGUAGAGGCCUUGAGCUUCAUGCUUGUCCUGCCUGGCGUGGCUCCUGCGCUCGAGACGGCCAGAAGUCUUCUCUCGGCGAUGCCGAUUCCCUCUCAGCUUUCAAAGCUUGUGCCAUCUAAGAAACUACGCGAUUGCAUCGACAGGCAGGAUGGCCGAGAAGAUUUCAUCUCGGCUAUCAUGGGGAGUGAAAAGCAAGGCUUGACACUCGAUGCAGAUGCUUUCUUCAGCAAUGCCAUGGGUUUGACACUCGCUGGGUAUCAGACUACAGCUACGACACUGGCAUCCACAUUCUACCAUGUUCUGCGCUAUCCAGACACUUACACUGCUCUGUGUGCGGAAAUACGCUCUGCCUUCACCACUGAAACCGACAUCACCGGCGAACGGCUCGCAAGACUACCGUUCCUGAACGCGUGCAUCCGCGAGACUCUGCGCUUGCUUCCACCCGCAAACGGUAAAACAGCUCAGCGCACCGCCCCCUCAUGUAACAUCGCAGGAACAUAUAUACCCGCAGGUACCAUCGUCUCGGCAGACCUGUACUCGAUCCAGCGGUCGCCAAAGUACUUUGUCGACCCUGCUAACUUCCGACCCGAGCGAUGGCUUGAUGGCGCCGAGCAGAACGGGUUCGAAGAAGACAACAGGUCUGCCAGUCGUCCUUUCUUGAUUGGAAGUAGGGCGUGCAUUGGGAGGCACAUGGCGCAGCAGAGCAUACGGCUGAUCAUGGCGAAGUUGCUGUGGAGGUACGAUUUCGAGCUGUUGGAUCGUGAUGGAUUUAUCUGGGAGCGGGAUGCGGGCAGCAGUCUCAUUUACACUGACUACAAACUUAUGGUGCGUGUAAAGAAGAUCUGA